AUGGAUGCUCCGAGAAACACGCAUUAUUCUGCUGUGUUGCACAUUCUUCGCUAUAUGAAGGGAACUCUAUUGCAUGGCUUACACUUCUUGGCACGUUCUUCCUUGACAUUUAGCGGCUAUUCUGAUGCAGAUUGGGUUGGAGAUCCUACUGAUCGUCGUUCUAUUACUGGGUACUGCUUCUUUAUGGAUGAUUCACUCGUCUCUUGGCGUAGUAAGAAGCAAAUCUUAGUAUACAGAACUAGCGACGAGUCUGAGUACCGUUCUCUUCCUGAUUCCACCUCCGAGCUAUUAUGGUUACGUCGUCUACUUGCUGAUCUCGGUGCACCUUAG